AUGGCCGACGAGAAGGUGACACCGGCCCCAAAGGCCCAGACCGCAAAGCAGGCCGAGGGCCUCGACGAAGCCCAGGUCGAGAACCUAUCGUCGAGCCUACCCCCGCUCAACGAGAAAGAUGCCAUGGCCGUCGCCCAGGCUGGCGGCUGGGAGGUCGAUACUCUCAUAGCGAACAUGGAGCAGGAACUCGAAGCGGCGGGUGGCCUUUCCAAGGGGUUCUUCGAUCUAGAGUUCCAGGACAAGAAGUACUUCACCUGGGUCAUCGUCGCCUUCGCCUCUAUGGGCGGUCUGCUGUCCGGGCUGGACCAGUCCCUCAUCUCGGGUGCCAAUCUGUUCCUUCCUGACGACCUGGGCUUGACUACACGUCAGAACUCCUUGGUCAAUUCUGCUAUGCCCCUGGGAGCUGUCGGUGGUGCUCUGAUCUUGUCCCCCUCGAACGAAAUUCUUGGUCGACGGUGGUCUAUCAUCAUUUCUACCAUAUUGUACACGAUCGGCGCUGCUCUUGAAGCUGGCUCAAUCAACUAUGGCAUGAUCGUCGCUGCGCGUGUCAUCCUCGGCAUCGGUGUCGGUCUCGAGGGCGGUACCGUCCCCGUCUACGUCGCUGAAACCGUUGAGCGCAAAGUCCGCGGCAACCUAGUAUCUCUGUACCAAUUCAACAUCGCCCUGGGCGAGGUUCUUGGGUACGCGAUCGCCGCCAUGUUCGUCACCGUCCCGGGCAACUGGCGCUACAUCCUGGGCUCCUCCCUCGUCUUCUCGACGAUCAUGUUCAUCGGCAUGCUCUUCCUGCCCGAGUCUCCCCGCUUCCUUAUGCAUAAAGGACGCACGUUAGACGCCUUCAGGGUGUGGAAGCGCAUACGCGGCACCGACACCCAGGAGACCCGCGAGGAAUUCUUCGUCAUGAAGGUGUCCGUUCUCGAGGAGCAGCAAGCCGUCGGCGAGGGUUCAUCCAACAAGCGCUUCCCCUGGAUGGACUUCUUCACCCGCCCACGUGCCCGACGCGCCCUAGUCUACGCUAACAUCAUGAUUCUUCUCGGGCAACUUACCGGAGUGAAUGCAAUCAUGUAUUACAUGUCAGUUCUGAUGCACCAAAUCGGCUUCGACGAGCUGCGAAGCACCUACAUGAGUCUUGUCGGCGGCGGCGCACUAUUAAUCGGCACAAUCCCAGCCUGUUUCCUGAUGGAGCGUUAUGGCCGAAGAUUCUGGGGCAACAUGAUGCUUCCGGGCUUCUUCGUCGGCCUCGCCAUCAUCGGCGGCAGCUACCAGAUAAACAUCACGACCAACCCCGGGGGCGCCGAGGCCGCAUACCUCAUCGGCCUCAUCCUCUACAUGGGCUUUUUUGGUUGUUACGCUUGCCUGACCUGGGUCGUGCCUUCAGAGGUUUACCCGACGUACCUGCGGUCGUACGGCAUGACCGUUUCCGACGCACUCCUGUUCCUGGCUUCGUUCGUCGUCACGUACAACUUUGCUGCUAUGCAAAACGCCAUGGGCCGGACGGGACUCACGCUCGGCUUCUACGGCGGCAUCGCGGCCGUCGGCUGGGUGUACCAGCUGUUCUUCAUGCCCGAGACCAAGGACCUCACGCUCGAGGAGAUCGACCUGAUCUUCGAGAAGCCGACGCGCGAGAUUGUCGCCGAGAACACCCGGAACAUGAAGCAGGGCCUGAGCGACUUCUUCGCCGGCCGCUGGGGACGCAAGCCCGAGAACCGCGCGAUACGGCCCGAGAAGACGGACAAGGACAGCGAGUUAUAG